AUGAUCCCUUACGCCACGGUCGAGGAAGCUUCCGUCGCGCUCGGACGAAACCUGACGUGGCUGGAGACCGCGUGGUUCGAUUACUCCGCCACAAAGUCCGACUACUAUCUCUACUGCCACAACAUUCUCUUCCUCUUCCUCGUCUUCUCCCUCGCUCCUCUCCCUCUCGUCUUCGUCGAGCUGGCUCGAUCCGCUUCCGGAUGGUUCGAUUGGUAUAAGAUCCAACCAAAGGUCAAGUACUCCUUCUCCGACAUGUUCGGAUGCUACAAAGUCGUCAUGAAGAUGUUCAUCCUCGUCGUUGGUCCAUUACAGCUCGUUUCUUAUCCUUCGAUUCAGAUGAUAGGGAUAAGAUCUGGUAUACCAUUGCCAACGAUAACAGAGAUUGUGGCACAGUUGUUAGUGUACUUGUUGAUAGAAGACUACACGAACUAUUGGGUCCACAGAUUCUUCCAUAGUAAAUGGGGAUAUGAGAAGAUCCAUCGUGUGCAUCACGAGUACACGGCUCCGAUUGGUUACGCAGCACCAUAUGCGCAUUGGGCUGAAGUGUUGGUUCUUGGAAUCCCAACUUUUAUGGGACCAGCGAUUGCUCCUGGUCACAUGAUCACCUUUUGGUUGUGGAUUGCUUUAAGGCAGGUCGAGGCCAUUGAGACUCACAGUGGAUAUGAAUUUCCAUGGAGUCCAGCAAAAUAUAUCCCUUUCUACGGUGGCGCUGAGUACCAUGACUAUCAUCAUUACGUUGGAGGACAAAGCCAAAGCAACUUCGCAUCAGUUUUCACUUAUUGUGAUUACAUAUAUGGAACUGACAAGGGUUACCGAUUCCAAAAGAAGCUUCUUGAGCAGAUCAAGGAAUCGAACAAGAAGGGCAACAAGCAUAACGGAGAAAUCAAAUCCGAUUAG